AUGGGCUUCUUCUCUGCCGCCAAGGCAAUGUUCACCACGCCAGUCGGCGUGCUUCUAAAUCAGCAGCGUGGAAUGGCCCGUUUGGGCAAUCUAGCGCCAAUGGAAGGUGCCGUCAAAGGUUAUAAAAGAGUCGGUAGAGGUCAAGCUUCCGGUUUGGGUAAGACCUCUGGACGAGGCCAAAAGGGUCAGAAGGCCCGUGGAAAAGUGCCACGUUGGUUUGAAGGUGGUCAGACGCCAUACUUUAAACGUUUCCCUGUGGUGGGUUUCAAGAGACCUCACAGAAGAGAGUACAACGGGUUGAACUUGGAGAAGGUGCAGCAUUUCUGGGAAAAGGGUAGAAUUCCUUUGAAGGAGGGCGAAACCUUGGACUAUAAAGUCAUGAGAGAGUGUGGUCUCGUCACUGGUACCAUGAAGGAUGGUGUUAAGCUUUUGGGUAACGGUAAGGAAACAUACAAUGUGCCUUUGAACAUUGAGGCUACCAAGGCGUCUAUUGGUGCCAUCAACGCUGUUGAAAAGACAGGACACUCAUACACAUCUGUUUACCGUACCAACUUGGGUUUGCGUGCGUUCUUGGACCCAAACAAGUUCCUUUUGAAGAAGGGAUAUGUGCCUAUGCAAGCUAGGCCAAUGCAUAAGAGAGACGUUGCAUACUACUCUAACCCUGAGAAGCGUGGAUACUUGUUGAACGAUAGACUGAUCUUCUUGGACCCUGUUGGAGCUAUCCAGGCUAACAUUGCUGGUAAGACCAAGAAGAGAGACAAGAAGAGCGCCUUGGAGGCUCAGUUGGAGAAGGCCUCCAACAAGUCGUAUGGAGACUUUUCCCAGACUCGUGUUGUGGACGUUUCGAGUCUUUAA